GCCUUCACUCAUUUAGUUGCGCACUCGUCUACGCCAAGAGCUGUGCUGCGGCGUAUGGUAAACGGUAAACACACACGUUUUGUAAGCUCAAAACGGCUUACAGGAUAUCAUAAACACGUUAGCAGCGCAAAACAACACAUUUGUAGCACCCUGUGUUAGAGUUUAAAUUGUGUGUGUUACUCAUACGCCCCGUCAACUCGUUAAAUGCUCGCAGUCAAUUAGAUAGUCGUUGCGCGGUUUCGGUCAAGGUCAGCUGUGUUCACUUGCAUUUCGAGUUGUGUCUUGUAUUUUUUUCAAUUUACUUAACAAUUAUGAAUUUGGUUUUAGUGUUGAAUAAUAGACGUCAAGUGAUAAAGCAAUGACGUUUGAGUGAGAGAAAACGUAGCGGUUAUAACACAUUCCAGCAACUAUAGACAUACAUACAUAUGUAUGUAUAUAUAACAUAUGCAGCAGGCACAUAAACACAUACGUACAUACAUACACAACUAGCAAAUAUACGCCAAUUUAUCGAGCAGACAAACUUUGAUGCCAUGAAAAUGCCGCAAACCGAAGAUGAGGUUAAUGAAAAGAUUUACGAUCAUCGCAUCAUGCCGGAUUGGUCGAAUGUGGUCAACGAAACAAAUGGCACAAUGCACUACUCGAAGGAUAUGAUCUUCAAUGAUGGGCAUCGACUAUCCAUCACAGUUUACAGCAUCCUGCUUGUGCUCUCGUCGAUCGGCAAUUCAACAGUGCUGUAUUUGAUCGUGAAGCGACGCUGGCACAAUCGUACGCGCAGUCCGUCCCGCAUUGAUAUUAUGUUGAUGCAUUUGGCCAUUGCUGAUUUGAUGGUGACUUUCCUGUUAAUGCCGCUGGAGAUAGCGUGGGCGUAUACGGUGCAAUGGCGUUCCACCGAUUUCGUCUGUCGCACAAUGAGCUUUUUCCGCGUGUUCGGCCUGUAUUUGUCGAGUUUUGUGCUAGUCAGCAUAUCGAUAGAUCGAUAUUAUGCCAUUUUGAAACCGUUGAAGUUCUCAACAAAUCGCGGUCGUAUUAUGCUGGCAAUUGCAUGGAUCGCGUCGGUGAUCUGCAGUACACCGCAGGCAUUUAUAUUCCAUUUGGAGCAGCAUCCCAAAGUGAAGGGCUACUACCAAUGCGUUGCAUUCCAUUCCUUUCCCACCGAACUGCAUAAGCUAAUCUACCAGAUCUCGAAUAUGUGCGCCAUGUAUGCCUUCCCAUUGGUCACAUUCAUCUAUUGCUAUGGCCGCAUCUAUUUGGAGAUCUAUCGCAAGAGUUUCGCCCGCUUCCGACGCUCCAACGAUGAUGUGCUCGGACGCGCUAAAAAGCGUACGCUAAAAAUGACUAUAACAAUAGUGAUCGUAUUUGUGAUCUGCUGGACGCCAUACUAUAUUAUGUGUUUGUGGUUUUGGCUUGAUAAGCCUUCUGCAGAUAAUGUGAAUCCGCUGUUGCGUAAAAUACUCUUCAUAUUCGCAUGCACGAAUUCGUGUAUGAAUCCGUUGGUGUAUGGUGUGUUCAAUAUACGAGGCAAGACGAAUAAUAACAAUACGUCUGUUCAUAAUCGGCACACAUCGCUCUCCAGUGGCGGUCGCAUGGCCAUGAAAGAACGUAACGGCAGUGCACAUACCGUUGUCACAUUACCAGCGGUGAUCAAUGGCAGCAAUGGUGACACCAGCAAUGUCACACAAAGCACCACACUCUCAAAUGAUAUAUUCACCAUAUCGAAAAUCGCAGAAGAUAUUGAAAAAGAGAAGCCGCCAAAGAUUAUAAUAAAGAUGGCCGAAUGGUGGCAUGGUGGUUACAUGAAAUAA